ACGAAUGAUAACGAAUCAAUUUUCUUUGAUAUAAAGAAAACAAGGUUAAUUUGAAAACAUCAUCCCUUCUUUAGAAGAAUGAGGCGAUUCGUCCAGCUGUGCGUAUUAAAUCGAUAAAUCCAGUUUACCAGACAAGCUUGUGAGCGACAGCUUAAAUUUACAGAAAUUCAUGUAAUUUAUUGCACGUAAAUGUACAAUUCAAUUGUACAGCCUAUGUUCAGUAUACCUUCAAAAUAUAAAUCAUAAAACACAUUACGUACAUUACUUUUUUUAUUAUCCUACGAAAUGUCGGAUAUUCCAAACGGACACGAUUGUUCUGCUGACAGCCCACAGCACACUUUGCAACAACAAAUUGAGAAGGCACAACCAUGCUCUAUGAUGAAGCACGAAUGUGGUAGCGGAGACAACGCCGAAAAACCUCCGCUUUAUUUACCUCAACCUGAAGAUGAAUAUCCACCAAAACCUGGACACACAAUGGAACCUAUUGGUCCAUGGGCUACAGGCAAAGUAACCUGUUCUCGCGAGGGUGGAAUAACUGGUUUGAGGCCAGUUGCAGAUCGAUAUUCCAUCACUCGCUACGGACCAAGUGAAUGGCGCGCGCACAAUUUGAGUAUCUUUCAGCAAUCGAAUAAGAGAAUCUGCGAUGCUCAAGUCGCAGCUGACCGUGCGAAGCAAUGCGUAGACCAAGUAUACACAACAGCCGACAAGGUGCAAUCAGAAACGACGGAACAUUUAAAAACACGGGCUAAUGUGGUGUAUCGUUGGAAGGCGGAAUUAGAACAUGCGAUCGCUGCCAUUGCAGAAGAGAUGGAAUUGUUAGAAACUGAGCGUCGCCGUGUACAGCGAUCUUUAUCAAUAUUAACCAUUCCUUUGUCAAUCGCAAACGAAUUUUUACAAUUACGCUCCUUUCGUUUAAACUCUGAUCUUGUCCGUGAUAAUGUCGAGGAACAGCUCACAAAGGAAAUAGCGCUUUGUACCGAGAUACGAGAUUUACUGAGGAGAACUUAUGAACAGAUCGAAAUACAAAUGGUCGAAUUGAAGUCUGCGAAAGCGCGGGCAGAGAAUGAUUGGUCUGAUAAAAUUCAUACGUACAAUCUAGACUCCGUAUGUGUGAAUUUGUCUAAUGAUUCUCCGCUUCUACUGUGGAAAGCUGGAGCUACGAGAUUUCCAGCCGAUCAAUCUACUCCUACAAGUUACGACCAUUUCACCCAAGAGGUAUUAACUGAUAGUGAAGCUGCUAAACAAAGAUCAAUAAAAUUAAGGUCCACCUUGAACGACAUAUAUACUAAUUCCAUUAAAGAUCUACGCGAUCAAGCGACUCGCGUUGACGUUGCACUUGCAAACAAUGUGGAACUCACACAAGAUUGCCUUCAGCAACUAGAGAAUGAAUUACUUCGCUGCUUGCAUGAACUAGCAAAUACAGAAAAGUUGAUUGAGACACUUCGGGGUUCAACGAAGGGAUUAAACAAUGGUAUGAAAUUAGCACAAACGAGAUUAGAUAAUCGAUUGAAUCGGCUCAAUGUUGAAAGUUGUCGAGAUGCACCUCAAUUUGCUCUUAUCGAAGAAGUAAAAUCACUUGGCGAACAUACUUCUGCUGUAUUGGCAGAAUUAAAACGCGCUGAGGAGGUUCAGGCAGAAUUAGUCAAGGCAAGAGAGAUGAAGCGAAUGCAAAAUUCUGUGAGACAUAACCCGGUGCAAGAAGCAGUGGACAUAGCACAGGAAGAGGAAGAAAAGAAGAAUGUAAAUUUAGAAGUUCUAGAUGAUGUUGAGGAAACAGCUCAACAACCGCUUUAUCAAAUUCGACCACAUCUUGAUGAAAAGUUUAAACCUCUAAGUGCGAAAGAAAUAAUACAUGAUGUAUUGUUUGAGCAACUCGCUACGAAAUCCUAUGACGCUCAGGCAGCUGCCCAAUGGACCAAAGAUAUAGCGGAUGUUAUUGAAAGAAAAAUUAAAGACUUACAGUUUAAGAGGUAUAAAUAUAUCGUCAAUGUGGUUUUGGGACAACAACAUGGUGCUGGUGUAAAAAUAGGUACAAGAUGUAUUUGGGAUGCAGAAGCUGAUACAUAUGCCUAUGACAGUUUUAUUAAUGAUACUAUAUUUUGUGUGGCUAUAGUAUAUGCAGUUUAUUUUUAUUAAAAGAUAUGAUUUCUGGAAAUAUAAAAUGUAUAAUGGACGAAUCGCAUGAAUGGAAAGUUAUUGUUAAGAAACUUCAAUGAAUUUAUUAAAGUACAACUUAUUAUUAUCAUACAUUGAUACAUAUACAAUGCAAUGUUAUAUGUCACGGUAUGACACAAUUUUUACAUAUAAUUACAAAUAAUAUUUAAAUCCAUAUACAAUAUUAGGUAUGUGCAUGAUUGUUUGCAGUGAUAUUUUCUAUUUCACAUGAUUCUUUUUUAUACAUACUAAAAUUAUUAUAGCACCAUAAUUCACGGUAGUAUAGUGUGUGUAUAAUUAAAAUUUAUUUAUCCUACUUGUUACAACAUUUGUCAUGAUUUAUCAUUUUAUCUUUCAGCAAGUCAGUUUUUAAAGUAAUUUCUGAAAUAAUUUAAAGUUUAAUGUAUUUUGCGUACAAAUUUAUAAACGUCAUUUGUUUGUCAGUUAGAAAGA